AUGAAGUUGGGUGGGGGGUUUUCAAUAUUGGUGGGGGUUUUUUUUGGUUUGGUGUUUUCCCCGGUGCUGAGUGAUGUGGUGAUUUCAUCGCCGGCUGCAGGCAGUUCGUAUGCCGUGUCUGGAGGUUCAGCGAGUAUUGAGGUGGCGAUUAUUGAUGAUGGGACUUUCCCGACGCUUACGGAUGCAGCACAAUUCAUAUUUGAAUUAUGUUAUGGUGCAUACAAGGAAAAUCUUUGCCAAAUCUCACUGAUGUCGCAGACAGCGGCGCAAUUUAGUGCUGCGAAUUACAAGAUCAGAUUGCCAGUGCAAAGUUCAAUAGGUAGCAAUGGCGAUUAUUACCUUAGAGUGAUGAUUCAGUUCACGGAAGGAUCCUCUACUCACUAUAGUUCUCGGUUCAGGUUGACGGGGAUGACUGGUAACUUGCAAGUUGGGACUUUCCCUGAUGAACCGGAUCGCGAUCCCGCUUAUGAUAUUCGUUUUGGUAUGCUUCCCAGCAGCGCUGUUAACUAUGUUUCCCAAACUGGCCGCAUUUUUGUUGCACCAAUGCAACUACAACCGGGCUCCACUGUGACGGCUAAGACUUGGACGAGAAGAUUUCCGACAAGCCAAGUGAGUUACUACACCACCAAAGGGCCCGUGCCUAGUCGUGUCUCUACGAUAACACCGGGCUGGUCUUACACAAUAGAAUCUGGUGUGAACGCUGAAACGCCAGCUUUAAUGCCAAAGGAUAAUGGGGGUUGGUACGAACCGGCACGACGCGUGUCGCUUAAGCCCCAAAAGGUGAAUGUUCAUAAUAUGCGUAGAGCUUUGUUAAAUGUACCUGUGGCGACUAACGUUUAG